AUGGAAGAAGUUACACACUGUAAACAGGAUAUUGAGAGCGAAGAGGAUAACGAAGGUCGCUGCCAACUGAAAAGUUUGCAGGAGGCGGCAUAUAACAUUUGGAACAUUGCGAUAGAUGAAGAUGCGUAUUGGAUAGGUGUUUUUAGUAGCUUGCCUGACUGUUAUUCUUGGCAUGCCUCAACUGACAAUACAGCUUUUAAAGACAAGUAUAUCUCAUCGAUACUGAACUUGUCUGCCAGAUGUAAGAACAAGGCAAAAGAGGGUAGACCUUUUAUUUCUCCAGCAGAGGGGGCACAGAACUUUGUCCAUGAUUUCCGGAAGGUCAACUAUUGCCAUGUGAAUGAGAAUGAAUAUGGCAAUAAGUAUUUGGCACAUGCCAAU